AUGGCAUCACUUUCACCAGAAGAAGAAAACUAUGUCAGACUGAACUUGUUACUAACAGGAAUUUAUCCUCGUGCAGUGCGGACCCUAUUUGAUUAUGAAUUUGCUCCAACUUGUCUUGAUACUACACUUAAGAAGGAGUUCAACAAACUUAAAGACCUUCAGAAGAAGCGUGUAAUUAACCAGUCGCAGUGGAACUUACUUACCCCAAGAUUUCCUGAUUCUCCAGAUUCCAAGAACUUUGAUGUUACUCUAAUGAUAUUACUACUUAGAAAUCUCACAACAAUAGCCCCUCCUCAUGGAGGGUAUGACAAUCUACCUUCAUCAUCAGAAACAACACCUGCUGCUGACCUGGCCAGAAUAAAGUAUUACAGAAAUGUCCUCUCUCAUCUUGAUGAUGAACAAAUCAAGCAGAUACUUGAAGACUGGAAGAAAAAUGAUCAAAUGUAUAUAAACACCAAUGGAGCAGACUACGCACUGAAAUGUAUAAAGGAGAAGAGUUGUGUAACUAUAACUGCAAGUUCUGGUGUAGGGAAGACAGCCACUCUCCGACAUGUAGCUUUACAGAUGGCAGAUGAGGGAUACGAUGUUCUCUUGGUUAAUGAUCCAGGUGACAUUGUCAAAUUUUACAAUCCAAAGCAGAAAACAUUGUUUGUGAUUGAUGAUUUAUGUGGAAACUAUUCUUUUAACCAGAUUGACAUGAAAAUGUGGGAACCUGUGAUGGAACGUUUAGAGGACAUUCUCCAAAAACAAAGACAGUUAGCACAUACCUGUGAUGUGGAAAACCAAGAUACUGCACUGUUACUGUCUUGUUUUGAUGGCGAUAUUCCUAUGAUUCAAUGGUGCUUUAAACAUAAUGUUGAUUGUAAUCAAUAUAGAAAUGAUGAGACAACCCCUAUGGAGAUAGCAGUCCAACAAGGACAUACAGAAAUAGUAAGGAUGUUGUUAGACAGAGGAGUAGAUUACAAUAAAUGUAACAAUGAUGGUUGGUCACCUAUAAUGACUGCUUGUAGCAAUGGUUAUACAGAUAUAUUUAAUAUAUUGUUAGACAAAGGAACAGAGUACAACGAAUGUCACAAAAACGGUUGGUCUCCUGUAAUGAUGGCUUGUGGAUAUGGGCAUUCAAAAAUAGUAAAAAUCUUUUUAGAAAAUGGCGUUGAUUUUAAUAAAUUUGACAGAAACGAGGCUUCGCCUUUAAUGGCUGCUUGUUACAAUGGACACACAGAUAUAGUUAGAAUGUUGUUAGCCGCAGGAGUGGAGUAUGACGAAUGUAACAAUUAUAAUUGGUCACCUCUCUUGUUUGCUUGUGAAAAAGGACACACAGAUAUAGUUGGGAUGUUGUUAGAUAGAGGAGCAGAUUAUAAUAGAUGUAACAAAUAUGAGCGUUCAGCUUUAAUGUUUGCUUGUGAUAAACGUUUUAGGACAGGAAAGUCAGCUAUACAAAUGGCAGCAUAUUAUGGACACACGGAAACAGUGAUCAUGUUGUUAGACAGAGGAGCCAUUUAUAAUAAUUGGUCAUCUGUAAUGUAUGCUUGUGCAUAUGGAAAUACAGAGAUAGUGAUGAAGUUGUUAAAUAAAGGAACGGAAUUCGAUGAAUUUAAUGAUGAUGGUCAAUCACCUUUAAAUUUAGCUUGUACAUAUGGACAAACAGAUAUAGUAAGGAUGUUGCUUGACAGAGGAGCAGAUUGUAAUAAAUGUAGUAAAUAUGAGAGUUCAGCUUUAAUGUUUGCCUGUUUAAAAGGAUACCAAGAAAUAGUAAGGAUGUUGUUAGAUAGAGGAGCAGAUUGUAAUAUGUGUGAUAAAGAUGAGAAGUCACCUUUAAUUUUUGCCUGUGAAAGAAUAUACACAGGAAAACUAAAGAUGGUGUUUAAAAUAGAAGCCGAUUACAAAAAUUAUUAUGCAGUUGAAAGGUUUGCCUGUUAUAAAAACUACACAGAAAUAGUAAGGAUGUUGUUAGAUAGAGGGGCAAAUUAUAAUAAAUGUGAUAAAGACGAAAAGUCACCUUUAAUGCUUGCCUGUAGUAAUGAAUGUACAGAGAUAGUAAAGAUUUUGUUAGACAGAGGAUCAGAUUCUGAUAAACGGGAUAUAGAUAUGUGGUCACCUGUAAUGUUUGCCUGUGAUAAAGGAUACACAGAAAUAGUGAUGAUGUUGUUAGAAAGUGGAGCAGAUUGUAAUACAUGUGAUAAAGACGAGAAGUCACCUUUAAUGCUUGCCUGUUAUAAUGGAUCCACAGAGAUAGUAAAAAUGUUGUUAGAUAGAGGAGCAGAUUGUAAUAAAUGUAAUAAAGAUGAGAAGUCACCUUUAAUGUUGGCAUGUGAUAAAGGAUACACAGAAAUAGUAAAGAUGUUGUUAGAUAGAGAGGCAAAUUGUAAUAAAUGUGAUAAAGAUGAGAUGUCACCUUUAAUGUUUGCCUGUGAUAAAGGAUACACUGAAAUAGUAAAAACGUUGUUAGAUAGAGAGGCAGAUUGUAAUGAAUGUGAUAAAGAUGAGUUGUCACCUUUAAUGCUUGCCAGUAAUAAAGGAUACACAAAAACAGUAAUGAUGUUGUUACAAAGAGGAGCAGAUUGUAAUAAAUGUGAUAAAGAUGAGAAGUCACCUUUAAUGUUGUCAUGUGAUAAAGGAUAUACAGAAAUAGUAAAGAUGUUGUUAGAAAGUGGAGCAGAUUGUAAUAAAUGUGCCCAAUGUGGGUGGUCCCCUCUUAUCUUUGCCUGUUAUAAAGGAUACACAGAAAUAGUAAAGAUGUUGUUAGAUGGAGGGGCAUAUUAUAAUAAAUGUGAUAAAGAUGAGAAGUCACCUUUAAUGCUUGCCUGUUAUAAAGGAUACACAGAGAUAGUAAAGAUGUUGUUAGACAGAGGAGCAGAUUCUGAUGAAUGUGAUAAAGAUAUGUGGUCACCUUUAAUGCUCUCCUGUGGUAAUGAAUGCAUGGAAAUAGUAAAGAUGUUGUUAGAUAGAGGAGCAGAUUGUAAUAAAUGUAAUACAGAUAAGAUAUCACCUUUAAUGCUUGCCUGUGAUAAAGGAUACACAGAAAUAGUAAAGAUGCUGUUAGAUAGAGGAGCAGAUUGUUAUAAAUGUGAUAAAGAUGAGGAGUCACCUUUAAUGUUGGCAUGUGAUAACGGAUACACAGAAAUAGUAAAGAUGUUGUUAGAUAGAGGAGCAGAUUGUAAUAAAUGUAAUACAGAUAAGAUAUCACCUUUAAUGCUUGCCUGUGAUAAAGGAUACACAGAAAUAGUAAAGAUGCUGUUAGAUAGAGGAGCAGAUUGUAAUAAAUGUGAUAAAGAUGAGAUGUCACCUUUAAUGCUUGCCUGUGAUAAAGGAUACACAGAAAUAGUAAUGAUGUUGUUAGAUAGAGGAGAAGAUUGUAAUAAAUGUAAUACAGAUGAGAAGUCACCUUUAAUGUUUGCCUGUUUUGAAGGAUACACGGAAAUAGUAAGGAUGCUGUUAGAUAGAGGAGCAGAUUGUAAUAAAUGUAAUACAGAUGAGAAGUCACCUUUAAUGUUGUCAUGUGAUAAAGGAUACACAGAAAUAGUAAAGAUAUUGUUGGAUAGAGGAGCAGAUUGUAAUAAAAGUGGUCAAGAUGGGUGGUCACCUCUUAUCUUUGCCUGUUAUAAAGGAUACACAGAAAUAGUAAGGAUGUUGUUAGAGAGCGGAGCAGAUUUUAAUAAAUGUAAUAAAGAUGUGUAUUCACCUUUGAUAUUUGCUAGUAAUAGAGGAUACACAGAGAUAGUUAAGAUGUUGUUAGAUAGAGGGGCAGAUUGUAAUAAAUGUGAUAAAGAUGAGAAGUCAUCUUUAAUGUUUGCCUGUUUUGAAGGAUACACGGAAAUAGUAAGGAUGUUGUUAGAUAGAGGGGCAGAUUGUAUUACAUGUGAUCAAGUUGGGUGGUCACCUCUUAUAUUUGCCUCUUUUAAAGGAUGCACAGAGAUAGUAAAGAUGUUAUUAGAUAGAGGAGCAGAUAAUAAUAAAUGUGAUAAAGAUGAGAAGUCACCUCUAAUGUUUGCCUGUUGUAAUGGAUCCACAGAGAUAGUAAAGAUUUUGUUAGAAAGAGGAGCAGAUGCUGAUAAAUGUGAUAAAGAUAUGUGGUCACCUUUAAUGCUUGCCUGUGGUAAUGGAUACACAGAAAUAGUAAGGAUGCUGUUAGUUAGUGGGGCAGAUUGUAAUAAAUGUGUUCAAGAUGUGUGGUCACCUUUAAUGUUGGCCUGUGAUAAAGGAUACACAGAAAUAGUAAUGAUAUUGUUAUACAGAGGGGCAGAUUGUAAUAAAUGGAAUAGAGAUCAGUGGUCACCUUUAAUGCUUGCCUGUAAAAAUGGAUACACAGAAAUAGCAAUGAUGUUGUUAGAUAGACAGGCAGAUUGUAACGAUUGUUAUAACGAUGGGUGGUCACCUCUCAUCUUUGCCUGUUAUAAACGAUACACGGAAAUAGUAAGAAAGUUGUUAGAUAGAGGAGCAGAUUGUAAUAAAUGCGACAAAGAAGGGUGGUCACCUUUAAUGUUUGCCUGUGAAGAGGGAAACGCAGAAAUAGUAAGGAUGUUGUUAGAUAAAGGAGCAGAUUAUGAUAAAUGUGACAAAGAAGGAUGGUCCCCUUUGAUGUAUGCUCGUAAAAAUCGAAAUGCAGAAAUAGUAACAAUGUUGUUAAGCAGAGAAGCGGAUGAUAAUUAAUUUAAUAAAGAUUGUCAUGAUUAAUGUUGUCAAUUACCUUUAAUGUACCGAGUAUAUGUGUACAUACAUAAACAGUGAUAAUAUUGUAAGAAAGAGGAGCAGAUUAUA